AAAGGGGAAGUGAGCAGGGGCUGGAGCGAUGGCCCGGGUCUGGAGCCCGCGGCCGCCUCCGCCGCUGCCAGCGCGUCGGGAGCAGCCGCGACCGGAACCGGAGCUGGGGCCGGAGUCGCGGCGGGAGUGGGGGCGGCGCGUGUGAGUUGCCGAGAGUUGCCCGUGCCGGAACACCUCAAACUCUGGGCGGGAGCGCUUCAGGUGGGCUGAGCCGCUGUCGCCCUCAGUACCGCGCCCCCCAGGCCCACACAGCGGGGCUGGGGUCUCCCCAGGCGCGGGACUGGCUCCUCUCAGGCCGAGCCCUCCGAUCCGGGCUCUGGGUCUUCCUCGGUCUCGGGCUUCCUUCAAACUCAGGCCGGAGGCCGGAGAACGGUGAUCAUCCCAUACCCCAGCCGGCUUUUUCUCGGCGCCCCGGCAGUGUCGGGGUUGGAGCGGUUGGGAAGCCCCCUCUGUUGCCACCUCUCCAGCCUGGGAGGCACUAGCGCGUUCCUACUGUCUUGCUUUGCUUCUCUCCCUCUCCUCCAAUUCGAGAACAAGUUUCUUUUCUCUCUCCGUUGGAAAUCCUGCCCCGGAGUUUCAAAACACCUAUCGUGUGUCCUUAGAAAUAUUGCCUAUUUAUUAGGGUUGAGAAUCUCUCGUUCUUGGCCUGGCUUUUUCCUUUUCUCCUUAUCUGACACUGCAUGCAGCGGGUCUUACCCAUUUAGAUCACCGGCUCCCUGGCCGUCUCUAUGUAACUUCCCCCAACCCAUCCGAGUUCCAGUUUCCUCUGGGCUCCAGUCUUAGCUCCCAGCGGAUCUGGUCAGUCCCACCUCUGGGUGGGAGUGACCAGAGAGGGCUCUGGCCCAGGAUUCCCCACCCUGGAAGGCAGCUCCAAGGCAACAAGAGAAUUGGGCGUGGGGUACGAACCUGGCAGCUCAGGAGUGGGCGCUCCACUCACCCCACACAAGAAGAUGAAAAAGCGCAAAGAGCUCAAUGCACUGAUCGGUCUGGCUGGGGACAGCCGGAGAAAAAAGCCCAAGAAAGGCUCCAGCAGCCACCGCCUGCUUCGCACUGAGCCUCCUGACUCAGAUUCUGAGUCCAGCUCAGAGGAGGAAGAGGAAUUCGGUGUGGUUGGAAAUCGCUCUCGCCUUGUCACGGGAGACUAUUUACGAUGUUGCAAGAUCUGUUAUCCACUCUGUGCUUUUGUCAUCCUCGCUGCCUGUGUUGUGGCCUGCGUUGGCUUGGUGUGGAUGCAAGUUGCUCUUAAGGAAGAUCUGGAUGCCCUCAAGGAAAAAUUUAGAACAAUGGAAUCUAAUCAGAAAAGCUCAUUCCAAGAAAUCCCAAGACUUAAUGAAGAACUACUCAGCAAACAAAAACAACUUGAGAAGAUUGAAUCUGGAGAGCUGGGCUUGAACAAAGUCUGGAUAAACAUCACAGAAAUGAAUAAGCAGAUUUCUCUGUUGACUUCUGCAGUAAACCACCUCAAAGCCAAUGUUAAGUCAGCUGCAGACUUAAUUAGCCUGCCUGCCACCGUAGAGGGACUUCAGAAGAGUGUAGCUUCCAUUGGCAAUACUUUAAACAGCGUCCAUCUUGCUGUGGAGGCAAUACAGAAAACUGUGGAUGAACAUAAGAAAACCAUGGAAUUACUGCAGAAUGAUAUGAAUCAGCACAUCUUGAAGGAGGCCACUGGAAGCAACCAGAUGAUUCUAUCGCCUUCAGCUACAUUAGAACUUGACAAUAAAACCCACAGUGAGAAUUUGAAACAGGAUAUCCUGUAUCUUCACAACUCUUUAGAGGAGGUAAACAGUGCCCUAGUGGGGUACCAGAGACAGAAUGAUCUUAAACUCGAGGGGAUGAAUGAGACAGUCAGUAAUCUUACCCAGAGAGUCAACCUGAUAGAAAGCGAAGUGGUUGCUAUGAGCAAGGUAGAAAAGAGAGCAAACCUGUCCUUCAGCAUGAUGGGUGACAGAGCUGCCACUCUGAAAAGAGAGUCAUUGGAUCAAGUGACCAACAGAACAGAUACAGUAAAAACCCAAAGCAUUAAGAAAGAAGAUAAUUCAAAUUCUCAGGUAUCCAAGCUAAGAGAGAAACUGCAGUUGAUCAGUGCUCUUGCAAACAAACCCGAGAGCAGCAGGCCUCCAGAGACCACCAGUGAAGACCAGGUACAGAGUUUCACAGCAAAGCCAUCAGCAUUGCCAAAAUUUUCACAGUCUCUUGGAGACCACAUUGAGAAAGCUGCACAACUAAGGCCUAUCGCCUUACAGGGAAUCUCUAACAUUGAAGAUCUUCAGGAUUUAUUCCACAAGACUGGCCAGGACAUGGAUGGGAAGCUGACCUACCAGGAAAUCCAGAACUCCCUAGGUUCUGCCAUGCCAGAGCCAGAGAGCUUGAGAGCAUUUGAUUCCAAUGGCGAUGGAAGAUACUCAUUCCUGGAGCUAAGAGUAGCUUUAGGUAUCUAGCCUCAUCAGGCAUAUUUUAGAAAUGGAUAUGUACUGUGGACUACCUAAUAUCUACUUACGUAACAAAAACAACCUUUUACUUACCCAUCAUUCCUCCAGACCUCCAAACUACUGUAGCAGACACAUUGCCACCUUUUAACUUGUUUGAAGAAGCUAUAUAAAAGUUAUUUUUUUAAAAGAAAAUAUGAUUUUCAGAAAUCUAUGAUUUCCUGAAACCAGUAAGAUAUUACAUUUUUAAAUUACUAGAAAAAAAUAAAGCCCUUUUUUUUCCCUCUUUCCUUUUUUUGAGGGGAGGAGACCUUAUCUUUUAAAACUGGGAAAUGUGUAUAUAGAGAGAAUAAGCCACCUUUUAUAUUUCACAUAAACUUGCCUUAAAUUAGCUGCACUUUAUAGAGACUCAGAAAAUGUCUUUUCUUUAAAAGAUAGGCCUUUUCUGUUGUAAAUAUUUAAGAAUUGUGCAUAUUAUGUGGAAAGCAGGAAGAAUGGUUUUGAACAAAAUGUGAACAAAUGACUUGUUAUUAAAAAUUGCUCAUCUGAUCCUGGGUAGCAGCUGCAACUGUGUUCACAUCUCCUUAAGCCAUCCCUUGAAGGCCCAGGUGCUGCCAUGGGGUUUGGCCUGGUGGCUGGGGGAAUAGAUUCAGGGAGUGGACACCGUGGGGACAGUGCCAACUCCAGGCUCAGGAAAGUAGGAUUCUGGUUCUUUGUUCCUAUUCCCUCAGCUAGUCCCAACCUGGGAACCAGAGAAGUCUUGUUGGGGAUUUUUCUCAAUUUUAAUCCUAUUUCAGGGUUUAUGAGCAUAAAAAGAUAUCUGGUGGGAGCUACAUACCCUCCUCACCCCCCAAACAAGCUAGAUUAUCUUCCUUCACCAACCCACUCAAGACUGUCUUAAAGCCAUAGCUGGUUCCCACCUCCAGUACCAUCUCCAUUUUGAAUUGUGGGGCUGAAGUCCCUUAAUCAUUGUCUCAGACUGGCUACCCAGAGCUUUAGAGAAGAGCUGUGUCUCUAAUUUUGACCCAGGAAACUAUACCCCUUGAGAUUUUACCUGGGGGCUAACUGAGAACCUGGUAUGUUUUUCUGUGGGAUGACUAAGGCCAAAAAUGAAACAUGUGAAAUCACAUUCAGUUUCCUAACAAUUAUCAACUCAGAAGUAGUUAAGAGUCCUUCUGUCCAGAUGAUACCAAACUAUAGCAGGCACACUUGGAGCAGGAGCCUUCAUGUGAUGGUACCAAGUUUUUUCCAACUCUAAUACAAGCUACAAUACUUCUCCCUUUAAAUACUUCUGUGGACCUGGCAGGAAAGGUCCCUGAACGGAAGGAGUAAUACCUCCUUGUUGAGUCUAGACUUGCCACGUUGUUCCUAGAAGCAGUCUGUGGGCAACACAAAAGGAAAAAAACUUAUGUAACUUAACUUUGCUGUAGGCCAAUUCAGGGAGAAACUAGAGAAGCUUUCAUGGCACAGACUUCUUUAGUAGAGAUCAUUUCCAUUUUAACUUUGUCCAAGUUGCCCUGUCAGUGUGGAUACCUUUAAACAUUUAAGGGCUUUUUGUUUUCUUUAUGUGAUAUUCAGCUUGGUGUUGGCUAACCUUAAUUUUUUUUUUUUUUCCUAGAAGCAUUAAAAUUUAGUUAAAGCAAGAUUAAGUCUUUUCCCUUGAAUGUGUCUGCUUAUCUCUUUAUGGCUUAUGCGUCUCUCUCCACCGCCCACCGCCCCCCCCCACCCUUAACAUUUUGCUUGCUCAUCUGAGCUAUUACGUUUUGUUGGAAAGAUUAAAAUAUAAUAGUACAAAAUUAGCCUUUAACCUGGCACUUCAGGUAACUCAAAGAUAACUCUUACUCUUCUGCCUUCCAUGCUGCCCCCCCUCCUUUUUAAAACAUAUACACCCUUACGGAUUUUAUAACAACCAAAUAAAAUUCUAGCAAUAAACAAUUAUACUGCUAUAUUUAUAUAAAUUGUAUCUUAAAUAGUAUGUCUGUACCUGGAAGGUAUUUUUUUGAGAACUGAUUUAUAUGAAAUAUACUUGAGGGUAAUGUAGCUUGUCCUGUUUAGUUUCAAAUUCUUAUUCAUAGGCAGUUACUUUGAGGACACCUUAACUCUUUGUUUUCUUUUGCAUCAGACAGCAAUAUGUGGAGAAGUCAGGUUUCCUUAGUUUGUCUUCUGUUCUUCCCACCUUGUGCUUGUCUGGCUAGCAUUAUCCUUGAGCCAGAGUAUAGUGCCAUCUUAUCCCACUACCAAGUUUGGCAAAGAUGUUCAUGCUGCACUCUCAGACCUGUGAAUACCCUUGUCGUCCUGCCUGAGAAAGUACCAUAUCUCCCAGGCAGAAGUAGGGUAUCUUGAACUCCUUUGUCCUGAGUUGAGCAGACUCACUGGUUUAAGAGCCCCAUAAGCCUGAUAUUCAGUGCUAAUUUGGGAUUUUUAUGUGUAUGUUUUAACUUCCCCACCUUAUGACUGUGUUGAGCUAUAGUCAAGCCUCACCUGCCACAUCUCAGCUCUGAUAGGAAGACUGGACAAAUGUGGUGAGUUUGGUUUUGGUUUUAAAUCCUUUCACCUUUUCAGUCUGGCAGCUCCUGCUGCUGCUUUCCUAAGUUACCCAAAGCACUGCUUCUUGGUCAUUUUUUCCUUUGCCUUGUACUGUCUGGUAUAAUGUUUACUGAAAGAGCCUCCCCAUAAAUCAAAGAGGCAUAAAGGGAGUAGGGAAAGAGAAGAACCAAAAGAAGCAAGUAUCUCACCUCCAGAUGACUGCAGUGUCAUCAGAAGAGCAGAGAGGUACCUGGCACUCAGGAAUGUAUCAGAUGCAACAGAGCUGAAGAGUGGACACCUUGCUUAUCCUGCAGAUGGCUAUUUUUCCUUUCUAUUGGAGUUUCCUUACUUUACGGUUGCUGGACACAACUGCUUCAGUCCCCCUUGCUGGUCCUAUUGGUCGCAGUUGAGCAUUUUGACUGUGAUGGGCUCAUACUCAUAAUGCCCUGUCGAGUUGUUUUUAGUGACAGCUUUUGUUUGCUGCACACCUCAUUACCUUGCUUACCAACACCAGCUACAUGGGGUUCCUUCUUUCAUAACCAAAUCAGAACACAUUGGGGUAUUCUUGAGACUUUAUAGAGCAUGUAUUGUUUGUUAUACGAACCUAAUCUACCUUGUUGUUUUCUCAUAUUAAGAGAUGUAAAUCUACUUUGUUUUAGUGGAGCUAUUUUAGUAAUGUAAAAGCAAUUUUGGCUCUAUUUAGGGAGUAAUUUCAAGGUUUCCAUGACUUGAUUUGAGCUUUGCUUAUUUCAUAUCAGUA